AUGAUGAACGUACUCCGUUCGAUGUUCGGGGUGUGUAGCAACUCUGCAGAGAAAGGGGAAAUUCACGACACGAUACGCAAGAUCUUUGGCAGCGAACUAGUGAUGAAAGAUAAUACGGACAAACAUAAUCAAAGGAGUAAAUACGUUAAUCAUGUACGAGACAAUCUGUCAAAAAUCCUCGACACCAAGGUGACCAGCCAUAAACCAAAAUCUAUUAAAAAACAUGCACCAGUAACAACAGAGAAUGCAGAGUCAUUAGAUGGCCGACAUGGACGGAUUGGACCCAAAAUCGUAGUCUUCGAUGCUUCUACAGGAACUGGGAGAUUGGUCCUAGUAGGUGACGAACGUGUCAGUGUACAGGGCUUGUCAAGUUUUGCGUCGAUAAGGGCGACGGCUUGCGCGUACGCCGGCAAAUGGAUGUAUGAAGUGCAGUUAGGCACUAAGGGUAUUAUGCAGAUCGGUUGGUGCACAGCUUCGUGUACUUUCUCAAUGGAUACAGGUGUGGGCGACACUGCCCACUCGUACGCCUACGAUGGAGGUAGAGUUAGGAAAUGGAACGUAGCCACAUCACAGUAUGGACAGACUUGGCGGCCCGGUGACGUCAUCGGCUCUUGCAUCGAUUUGGAUAAAGGAACCUUGGAAUUUUACAGAAAUGGUGUAUCUCUUGGCGUGGCAUUUGACAAAGUCACCCAUGGUUCCGGAUUAGCCUAUUUCCCCGCCGUCUCACUGGCGAUGCAAGAACAUCUGUAUGCAAAUUUUGGUCACGUACCGUUUAUCUUUCCCAUAGACGGCUUUCGACCACUACAAGCACCGCCCUAUCGUGACUGCGCACGCGCAAUCCUAUUAUUUAAGUCCCUAGAAGCUUUGCUUGAUGAAUUAAACAGGUUAACAGAACUAAAACCCCCAGUCACGGCGAAAAGUAGUAAAGCAAAAUCAGAUUCGUCUAAAGCAGAAGUAGAAUUGGCCCUCAGAAUACACAGCUCCAACUCCGUAUACACGCCGCGCGCCUCGCCUCACACCAUUGUUGAUACACAGACCACUGACAUGAAAAAGAUGUCGAAAAGGGCUUUCCUAAUGUCGCUGGCACGUAUAGUAGUAUCCGAACUAGGCACAGUCCUCCGUAUCUCAUAUGUAGUAAUAUCGGAACUGUUACCAAGAUUUCGGGGAGCUUUGGGGCUGAGGACUCGUGGUCUCCAUGUGGAUCAGACUUCAAUGGAUUUCUAUCAAAGGGUCAGGGAUGAGAAAUUUAAUGGUCUCGCCCAAAAGUUUCUAUCUCAGCCGCAGCCUCGACUUUGUACAUUAUUGGACUUACUUUGGACAUUUUUAGAAGAAGCAGCGCUCUGUGACGUAUUGGAACAUUGCGUUGUUAGAGAAUGUUUGCUUUAUGAUUUGGUUUCGCCGGACAUGAACUUCACUCAGCAAAUAGAAGUGCUUUAUGUGUUAUGCGGUUUGAUGCAGCAUCGAGAGACGAGACACCAUCUUGUUAAAUACGUAUUCUUCAACAAAAUAACGUUCGACAAUUUCCUAAACAUCAAAUGUCCAGAUGAAAAUGUAUUGAGGACAGUGAUAAGUAAGCCGUGGUGGCAGCGACCUACUUCAGUCCAAGGGGAAACCGAUCCUAGGAUUGCUGAUAAAAUAUCAAAAAUUUUGUCGUCUACUCAUGCUGAUGAUGCGUCUAUAGAAGCUCAGUACAAAGAGGAUUGCAAUAAAAUUACAAAAGCUAUUGCACCCUUGGAACGUAUUCAGUUGGAGUUUCUCUUCAUGCUGUUGGAUAACUCGGACGGUACGAACAUCGUGCCGUCAACUAGGAAGAUAUUCUUAGAAAAGUUUAGAAGAUACAUAAUGGAUAACUGUAUAUUGGAUAUGAGGUUAUUCAAUAUAUCCAGAAACUCGCCAGUAAUAGCUUGGUGUUGCCACGCACGACUGUUAACAGCCGUACUAAAGCUAUGGAACGAAAGCCCUUUAACCGGUACUGCG